UUUCCUAAUGGGCUCAGAGACAGCAACAAGUCCGAACAGGAUGCUGAUCGUCAGUUUCGUCACAUAAUUCCUGCUGGGCUGGUCCUGGUGUCGGUUUGCUCCACCUCCACCUCCAGCUGAGGUCUCAGCAGACGGAAGGAGCUGUCAGAGCACAGCAAACACUCGAGCUGAGAUGGCAGACAACAAAAUGGGUCCGAACCUCCAGGGCGGAGCAGGACUUCUGGCCAAACGGGUGCAGAAGUCCUUGAACCGAGCUCAGGAGAAGAGUGAUGGAAACCGGUUGUUUAAAGAUGUCAAAGCCUACUAUGCAGCAGUGAAAGCUGUGCACGAGACAUCGAGACGCCUGUCCCAGACACUUAAAGACAUCUAUGAAGUGGACUGGAACGGAGUGGGGGAGCUGGCCGUUAUCACAGAGGUUUCAAAGCGUGGCCGUAAACUGGUCGACUACGAUUCAGCUCGUCAUCACCUGGAAUCUUUGCAAAGUGCAAAGAAAAAGGAUGAAGUCAAGAUAUCUAAGGCAGAAGAAGAGUUCAACAAAGCCCAAAAUGUGUUUGAAGAGAUAAAUAAUGAGCUGAGAGAGGAGCUGCCCAGUCUCUAUCAAAGUCGGAUUGGUUGCUACAUAACAGUGUUUCAGAACAUGUCCAACCUGAGAGAUGUCUUUUAUAAAGAAAUGAGUGUGCUGAAUCACGAGCUUUACAAUGUGAUGAAACAAUUAGAGACUCAACACUCAGGCAAAGCUUUCAUCGUCAAAGGUUUGAAUAGCACACCGGGCAAGUCCAAAAAGAGGAAGUCUCUGGUUAUUUCUAACCCCAUCCCCUGCAACACAGCCUUUCCAGCUGAUCACGUCUCCAUUCAUUCCUCCACCCAGGACGACAAAGGGGAUGCUCAGUCUCCCUCUGCCCAACAGACUCAGAUCAUUGCUGAAGAAGACGAAACCUCAAAAGAAAGCUGUGUUCCAGCUGAWUCUACCAGCUCAUCUGAGUCAGAGCUCAGCCUGAACAAUGGCAACACACCCAAGAGGCAGUCUGUGUGCGACGACCACGAGGACAGCGACACAACUGCCCGCAGUCAGAGUCCAGAGGAGGCCCCCGGUUCUGUAAAUGAUGAUGAUGAUGAUGAUGAUGAUGCCACACAUGGUCUUGAUCAGGGCACUGAGGAUGAUCAGCCAUCAGAGGAGGUCAGCACCAACGCUGCACCAGUCCCUGCUCCACGGCUCUCCUUCCAGUCCACAGAUGGACUUCCCUUGUUACCUGCUGACAAGAAUGAUGAGGAAACAGAGACAGACUUGGUCAACCUGGAGACACCAAGAGAUGACUUGGAUUUCCACAAUCCACCUGGCUUUCUUUACAAGGGGGUGGCAUURGAGAGCCAUGAAGCUUCUGAAGAUGGUCAACUGCAGUUUGAAGAGGGAGACAUCAUCCUGGUGCUAUCUGAUACACAAAAGGUGGAGGGMUUGCUGAAAGGUAUUAGGGAGGAGAAAUGGAUCAAGCACCAGGAUGUUGAAAACCACUCAGGGGUGUUUUCAGAAAAACUCAUCUUGCCCAUGCAGGUGGAGUGAGACUACAGUUGUUCCUCAGUCUGUAAUUUGUUUGUACUCCCAUCAAGCAUUUCCAAUGUCUCACACACACACACGCACAUGCACACACACACACACACACACACACGCACACACACACACACACAGGAUUUCAAAUGCUUAGGUGCAAAGAUUUUACAAACAAAUAGGUUGACCUCUCGUGGUUUUCACAUGAUGUGAUAAUUAAGUAUAGAGGACUGAAACUGACAUGAUUAGAAAUAAAAGCAGAAAUAUAUCAAUGGACCAGUAAA